AUGGCUCAAACUCUAUAUUUCAGACUUCUCAUUGAUUUGACUCAAAUUCUUUCUUUCAUAGCUCUCUGUUUAUUAUCUGAAUGCAUUCUGCCCCGCUAUUACCAUAUAAACAUGAAGAAGACCUGGACUGAAGCUCAGAGAUACUGCAGAGAGAAAUACACAGAUCUGGCCACAGUCAACAACAUAAAUGACAUGAAACAAGUGACAAAGAGUGUGAAUAACAGCCCGAAUGAGCUCAUCUGGAUUGGACUGAGGAGAUCAAAUGUAUAUACAUGGAAGUGGUCUCUGGGGGAUCCUGUAAACUAUACUAACUGGUAUAAUGGAGAAUCAAAUGGUCCGAAUAAUAUUUGUGCUUAUUUGAGAAAUGGAACAUGGCAUCAGCAGGACUGUAAUGUGAACAUGAGAUUCAUCUGCUACAAUGAGUCAAAGGAAAUCAUUAAACAAUCUUUAUUUUCUCAAACAGAGAGCAUUAAAUCACACUUCAUUGAAACUUCUAUUAAAACAUGGAGAGACGCUCAGAUCUUCUGCAGACAGCAUCAUACCGAUCUGACCAGUGUGAGGAAUCAAAAUGAGAAUCAACAGAUUGAGAAGAUCAUAAAUGACAGUCAGAUAUCUGUCUGGAUUGGUCUGUUCAGAGACUCAUGGGAGUGGUCAGAAGAGAGUGACUCCACCUUCAGAUACUGGCUGGCUGGUGAACCUAAUAAUGCUGGUGGUUCUGAAGAUUAUACAAUUGUCAGUGUAAUAGAUCAGGGACAGUGGAUCGAUACGCCUGGAGAUUCCUAUCGUACCUUUGUGUGUCAUGAAGAUAAGCUGAUACUGAUCCAGUUGAAUCUGAACUGGCCUGAAGCUCUGAGAUACUGCAGAGAGAAUCAUGUGGAUCUGAUUUCAGUUGAUUCAAAGGAGAUUCAGUACAUGGUGACAGAAGUGAUUCAUCGAGCCUCUACUGACGCCGUGUGGAUGGGUUUACACUAUUACUGCCUCAUGAACCUCUGGAUCUGGAUACGAGGAGAGGAUGUGUGCUAUCAGAAUUGGGCUCAAGAGAACGGGACACAACUGGUGAACUGCAACACUGAACACAGAGCUGGGGCAGUUCAGUCUGGAAGAGAUCAUCGCUGGAUCAGCCUUCCUCAAUCUCACCAACUCAACUUCAUCUGCAUCAGAAAGGAAUGA